GAAUCUUCUUCUCACCCUCUCAGCUGAACUCCAUCAAUAGUCCCCAUAUCCCUACCCCCAUCUUCCCGUCCCACUAAUUCCGUCCACCACUCAGCCCAUCCUCGAUCCUCGUCAUUUUGCACCAUCAUGCCUGGUAGCUCAGAAAACCGAUACAUCAGACUUAAAGUCAUCAACGGAAAGAAUCUUCGGGUCCCUUCCGAGCGCAUUCCCCCUGGCAUUUACGUGUCCAUCAGUGUUGACUCGAGACGCUGGAAGUCCACCAUCAGUGUCUUAUCAUCCGAAGAAUCAGCAGCGUGGGGGGAUAUUGUGACUCUAUCAUCACAUGCAUCACCUGCAUUAUCAGUGGAAAUCAGGGCGUCCUAUGAGGCCGAUCGAAUGCUCGGCAGUGGAGAAGCCAUCGGGAAACUUAAAAUGUCAUGGGAUGAGCUACUCGAUCAUGGAGGCGAGCCAUUCGAUCUAACCUUCCCACCCGUACGUGAUGUCCACCCUUCCCUCAUACUGAAGGCAACCGUUGUACAUGCUUGUGACAAUCAAAACGACGCACUGUCUGAUUCCUUUGUAGACUGUCAAAUUGCUCGAGACACAGAUGCGGGCCACGCACGACUUGCGAAAUACGUGACACACGAAACGGUCUCUCACCUAAUCCAUGCUAUGCAGCGUUUUCAGUUGGUUCUGGACCAGUGUCCUGUCAGCCAUCCAGACCACGCAGCAGCUCUCACCAACCUUGCGUGGGCUCGCCUUAAAGGUUACAUCCGAAAUGAUCUCCAAGACAUUGAUACCACCACUUCCCUCUUCCGCGACGCCCUUGCAUUGCGUCCGCAGCACCACCCCGAUCAUCCCUUAUCUCUGUCAAGAAAAGUACUGCUGCCGACAUCCGUGAAGCCGUCCAACUCUAUCAUGAGCUAUUACCCUCUUUGUCCAGAGGGCACCUACCUUCGUAGCAUCAUGGCAGGGGAAAAUGGUGUCGAUUAUGUGAUUGACGGAUGCAACGAUCUUCCAAUCGACGCAUCUGAUGAAGGCAUCUGCCUUCGAAGAGUCGUCCUCGAGCUCUGCCCUCUGGACCAUCAACUUCGUCAUUUUGCCCUUCACUGGCUUGCACAUGCAAUAGAGGCCCGCUUCCAACAGUGUGGCGACAUUGAUGAUAUAGACGAGACUAUACAACUUCGUCGUGAAGCCGUGUCGCUGUGCCCCGAGGGACAUGCUGACCGUACUAGCCACCUGAACAACUUGGCCGUUUCACUCAAGUUCCGCUUCGAUCACCAAGGCAAACCUAAUGACCUUGAUGAGGCCAUCUCUUUACACGAAGAAGUGCUGCGCCUGUGGCCUGUUGGGCAUGAAUCUCGUGAUUGCUCAUUGGGCAACCUAGGGGGCGCCCUCAUCAUCCGUUUCAAAGAACGCGGCGACAUUGAUGACAUCACCCGAGCUGUCAGCCUCUAUCGCGAAGCACUGACAUUGUGCCCACCUGGGUAUCCACGUCGUGACACCACACUUAACAACCUUGCCCUCGCACUCGAAACCAGGUAUGACAAACUGGAUGUCAGCGAGGAUCUUAACGAGGCCAUUGAUCGGUAUCGUGAAUCCCUUCGGUUAAAGCGGCUUGACAAUCCAGAGCGCCAUGUUACUCUUCGCAAUUUGAGCUCGGCGCUCUGCUCUCGUUUCACGCAAACUCAGAAGAACGAAGAUGUCGAGGAGGCCAUUACUCUUUGCCAAGAAUCAUUGGCGAUUCUGUCUUCACUGCACCCAGCCAUGUGUUUCAGCUAUAUGCUGCUGCAGGAGGCCUAUUUGUCUCGUUACCGGAUUCUACACGACCCUGCUGAUUUGUCGCUCGCUAUAGAGAACUUCAGACUCGCUUCAAAAUAUCCUACUCAGGGAUUUUCAGAACGCAUCAGGGAGGCUAUCCACUGGGCUUGCCAAGCAGAAAUCUAUCAACAUGAAUCUGCCCUUGAAGCAUACCAAAUGUGCUUUGAGCUUUUCAACAGCCAAGUAAUGACGCGAUCGUCGAUCAUCUCACGGCGUGAGGCUGCAACCGCUUUUCGUGGUGCACAAUCACUUCCUGUAGAUGCAGCCUCGUAUGCCAUACGUAGUGGUGAUCUACGACAGGCAGUCGAACUCGCAGAGCAAGGCCGUGGCCAGCAAUGGUCACUGGCAUCUCGAUUCAGGACUUCAGUUGAAGACAUCGAAUCAGCAAAUCCGAAACUGGCACGCAAUUAUUUGGAGCUGAGCAAGCUCGUUUCCAAUGCCGCCCAGAGUUCUGCAACCAUCACCGACAGAGCUGUUGCUGAUAUGGCAGCAACCGAGUAUAGGAGACUUAUGAGGCAAUGGGAAGCUUCAGUAGCUGAGAUACGCGAUCUUCGGGCGUUCUCGCGGUUCCUGCUCCCACCUUUGUACGCAGACCUGCAAGCGGCAGCGCGCCAGGGCCCGGUCAUCAUUCUCAUUGCAAGUCAAUACUCAUGCAGCGCCAUCAUCGUCCCGACGUCAGGAGACCCCCAUCAUGUUCCCUUGCCGUCUGUCUGUCUCGCAGAGCUGACCAAUCUCAAGGAUCGCUUCGCCAGGGCAAUACGAGACGCAUCUAAAAUGGGCCCAAAAGUGUCGCGGAACGAUCCAGUAGUCCUCUUGCGGACAGUAUGGGACGCGAUCAUGCUACCCAUCGUCAAUGUCCUCCAGCAUGAUCUAAAAUUAAAAUUCAACUCUCGAAUCUGGUUGUGUCCAACUGCAGCUUUCACGUCCAUUCCUCUCCAUGCAGCUCACCCCUUUAAAACAAACGCAGAUCGCUCUAAGGAGCCAUGUCUGGAAGAUCUCUACAUCUGCUCUUACACGCCAACACUUUCGGCUCUGGUCAGGUCUAGACAGUUGAUGAAGAAACGUAUCACUCCGUCAUUCGUGACAAUCGGACAGGGUCAACCAGGUGCAGGGAAAGGAAAGGCACUGUUAGCUGUCGAUAGCGAGCUCGAGCUUGUCCAUAAGCUCGUCCCCGCGACUGUCAACUGCACCAUUAUUUCUGGGGACGCAGCUACACGAGCAGGUGCACUCGAAGCUUUGCAGCAGAACACAUGGGUGCACCUCGCUUGUCAUGGCAAGCAAGACCGUACGCAGCCUUACAAUUCGCAUUUCGUCAUGAGAGAUGAACAUCUUACGCUGCUCGAUAUCAUGGAGAGAGAUAUUCCGCGCGCCGAGUUCGCGUUCUUAUCUGCUUGUCAUACUGCCGUCGGUGAUGAAGAGACGCCCGACGAAGUGAUUCACCUUGCAGCGGGUCUCCAGUUUUCGGGGUUCAAGAGCGUCGUUGGAACUCUAUGGGAGGUCGAUGAUUCUGUCGCAAAACACAUUGUCGAAGCUUUCUAUAAGAAUAUGUUCAAAGAUUUGGAGGAUGGUGGUGUCAUUGACUGUACGAAGGCGGCCUGGGCACUGAACCGUGCUACGCACUCUGUGAAGACGAAAGUGUCGCUCGAGCAGAGGAUGGUUUUCGUUCAUAUCGGUGUGUAGUUCUAUGUCGUAUUACUGUUGUCUGGUACGUAUUCAGUAGUUGUUGAUCUGCGAUUCUCUUUUUCUCUUUCAUCCUGUUGUACAAAUGACCCUGAUAUAUUCUUGUGCUCUAGCUAUCUCGUUUGUGUAUACUCUGUCUCGUGUUCUUGUCGACUAGAAUGUUCAUCAAAGUGCUUGCGUACUCGACUCGCUGUGGC